AUGACAAAUGCUGAUGAUACUAAUACUGUUGCUGAAUCAAUUGAAAUACAACAGAAUGAGAUCAAGCAAAAGACCUCAGAGGUAAAAGCUUCAAAUGCUUUUUUGAAGGCUACAACAACCACCAUGGUUCCUCCCAACGAGUUGGUGGUUGAUAUCAAUCAGUUGCAACAGCGUGAGCGCGAGAUGUACAUGCUGACCGAACAGCAGCAGACACAGCAGCAACUGCUACAACAACAACUGAUACUACAGCAACAACAACAGCAGAUUCAACAGCUGCAGCAGAUUCAAAUGCAGCAGCUACAACAACAACAGAGUCCAUCGCUGGAAGUCGACCAACUGCAAGCGACCUCCUCCAUACCGAAUAAUAAUCUACCACAAUACAUAGACAAUCCGCUGAGUGCAAAUCCACUAAACAAUACAACUACAACAUCUUUUGUCCCGUCGAUUCUAAAGCAAUCGGUAACAGAGAUGCCUAGACUCCAACAGUCGGUGUUGCUGCCGGCCAACCCACUACGCCAAACUCUACUCAACCCAAACACACUCACCGGACUCUCGACUGCGCCACUCGGCACUCAUCUACAGCAAUCGGCAAUUAUGGCACCUGCCACUUCACCUCCCCUCGUUAUUACAUCACCUACCCUUGCUAGUGCAGCACAGAGUAGCAAUACUAACCCGGGUGCCACCAACACCCUUGUCUUGCCCUGUACGAGCAUCGUCACACCCGCACUGGCCAAUAUCGUUGCCAUACCCGCAGAGGUUUCAGAGAUCACUCCAAUGACACCUGUCACUGCCAUUCCAGCGCAUCCACUCACCGUACCACCUUCACCACUCGGCCUGAGCUCCAUGCCUCAGGUUUCACCUCGUUCUCCUGGCAAUCCACUGGGUGCGACACUCUCACUCGGUGGAAAUCCACUCGGUGGAACAUUGGGUGGACUUGGUGCGACACUUUCUCUCAACAAUCCACUUGGAGCAACCUACAACAAUCUAGUAAACAACAACAACAACAGUAUAUUAUCAACUUCUAACGCUUUCCAUUCGUCAUCACUCAAAACCAUAAUGGAAAUCCCAAGAUAUCGAUCAAACUCCACGGUAGAGGAUACAGUUGCUUCGCCUGGCUACGUGGAAAUGAAAGAUCUCUCCAAGAAUACGGUCAUUGUAAAUAUUCCAUCGCCUGUUGUUGCUCAACAAACUAUUCUAGAUGGUGCCGAUCAGGUCCCACUGGUCUCUGAAAUUCUACCACAGAUCUCUGAGAGCAUUCCGGGCGGUGCUUCCAUUACAGUCGCCGACAAAGCAUUUGCUCUUGCCGAUGCCGACGCCGAUAAAGUAAAGACGAAACGAAAGAACCGUUUCUCCAAGGAGAAAAUGAAGAAAUUCAAAAACAGUGUCUAUCAAAUCUUGGCGCCAUCCACCCAACUACCCAUUCAUCUUGUCGACUCUGAGACACUGGAGACCUAUGUCGUGCCAUUCCUCAUGGAGCUGGGACGUGCGCUUCUCAUGAGUGGUGUUCCUGCGCAUCGUCUCGAAUACGAGUUGACUUUGAUCAGCUCAACGUUUGGUAUUGACGGUAACUUUUUCACAACGCCAACCGGAAUUUUCUUUUCUUUUGGUUCGCCACACACCAUUCUUUCACCAUACACUCAUUUGCUUCGUAUUCAAUCCACCGAUUACAAUAUGGAGCGUUUGGUACGUCUUGAGGCGUUAGCCGACGAAGUCAUCUACGGAAAGAAGUCUUGCCAGACCGCACUGGUAGAUCUCCGUGACAUCUUGAAGGCACCGCCUCUCUACAGUAUCUAUGUAACAGUUUUCAGUUUUAUUGUAUCAUCAUUUGCUUUUUCUUUCUUUUUAAAGUGUGGAUGGCUCGAAGUCGGCUCGUGCUCACUCGUUGGUCUCUACGUUGGUUUGUUGUACGCUGCCGGUUGCAAAUGGCCACCCAUUGGCAAGGUGCUGGAGGCGUUGUCUGCGUUUGGUGGAGCGAUCAUUGCAGCGCUCAUCAAUUCAUUUAUCUCGCCUGUACCUCGGUUUAUGGUUACGCUCGGUGGAAUCAUUGCGCUGGCGCCCGGUUUGUCACUGACGAUCUCAGUCGCAGAGAUAUCGACGCGUAACCUUGUCUCGGGAAAUGCGAGAUUGAUGGGUGCAUUCUCUUGUUUGCUACAGCUUUCUUUUGGAAUUGCUAUGGGCACAAAGUUCUCUGACAAUAUACUUCCGGUGCGAAAGGAAGUCGCACCAGACUCGUUCCCGGCGUGGACAAUGUUCUUGGCGGUGCCACUGGCAGCGGUCUCCUUUGCCAUUCAGAUGAAAGCGUCACCCAGACAGAUGUGGAUCAUCAUGUUGACCAGUAUCCUAGGUAUCAUCGGUGGUAACUGGGGUAACGAGGUGUUUGGUACGGAUGUCGGUUCGUUCUUUGGUGCCUGUCUUAUUUGUGUUGCCGGUAAUUUGUAUGCGAGAUUCACAAACGGUACCUCUGUGGUGCCGAUCAUGUCUGGUAUCAUUCUGUUGGUCCCUGGAUCGAUGGGAGUCAAAGGUUUAUUCUCAGUGUCGAGCGGCAAUGUCGACGGUGGCAUUGCACUUUUCGGUGGAAUGUUUAUGAUUGCCACUUCACUGACGAUCGGUUUGUUGGUUGCAAAUCUAUUGGUUAAACCUCAUAAAGCAUUAUAA